AUGGAACUCAAAAGGGUUGACCAGUCCGAUGCGCCUGGGAAACGUGAAGGUGACAGCUACGAUACCUCUGAGGAAGGUGCAGGUGACAGCUUUAAUGCGUCUGAGGAAGGUGCGGGUGACAGCUUUAAUGCGUCUGAGGAAGGUGCGGGUGACAGCUUUAAUGCGUCUGAGGAAGGUGCAGGUGACAGCUUUAAUGCGUCUGAGGAAGGUGCAGGUGACAGCUUUAAUGCGUCUGAGCAAGGUGUGGGUGACAGUUCUAAAGCACCUGGGAAACGUGCAGGUGACGGCGCACGUGUAUCCAAGCAACGUGCAGGUGACAGCUCCACGCGUGCGGAUGUGUCUCGGCUGCUGCUGCUAUUGGGGCUUUGGGGCUUUGUGCUGAGUGGACCUCGGUGGGCAGGGGAUUGUGCUUCUACUGAGAGUAUCUCCGUUUCUCCACGCACUUUUUAA